AUGGAUUUGGCACAUACAGUACUCAGCUGCCUUUUCGGUUCCCUUGAAUCUACUCAGAAUAGCGCUCAACAUGCCGUGAGCGAGACACGGUCGAAUGAAGUCUUCCCGUCACCACACCGUUACUCUUCGAACGCCAAAAAACUUUCCAUCGACCUCGUGACUCUUCUGCGUCGUUCUGAUGUACGUGGGGAGGAACUAUGGGAGAAAGUGGACCAGACCGUUGGCUCCGCGGGUUGGUCCGAAUUACUCGCUGAAAACGUGCUAAAAGCUCUUGAAUCAACCCUAAAAGAGAGCCACGAAAAGAUGGGCACAGUCAUGAAGGAGGCAUACGACAAUGCUGUUGAAGCCGCGGAACAUGAAUUUCAGAAGCUAGUUCAACAGGCCAAAGAAAACCCGUUGGAGCUGGCAGCCACUAUUCUUGUGACAAUAGUCGCAUUUGGGGUACUUGCGGCGUUGGCUCCAUUCAUUGUGGAGCUGUUGGGAUUUGGUGAACUGGGACCUGCUGCUGGUGAGUUUCCAAUGGCAAAUAACGCAUUGCACUGGUUGCCAAAGCUGAGUAAAUAA